GGGAAAUCUUCCGUCGACAAAGACGACGCGUGACGCAUGGUGGCCGCCAACAAGAUCGUAGUCUGCGACAACGGGACGGGGUUUGUCAAGUGCGGCUUCGCGGCCGAGAACUUUCCCCGGCACAUCUUCCCGUCGAUGGUCGGCCGGCCGAUCCUGCGCGCCGAGGAAGCGGUCAACAAGGACGUCAUUCUCAAGGACGUCAUGUGCGGUGACGAAGCUGCGUAUGUGCGCUCGAACCUCCAGAUCAGCUACCCGGUCGAGAACGGCAUCGUCAAGAACUGGGACGACAUGGAGAAGCUGUGGGACUACACGUUUCAAGACCGCCUCAAUGUCAACCCGCAAGAGAUGCGCAUCAUGCUCACGGAGCCGCCGCUGAACCCCAAGGCUAACCGCGAAAAGCUCACGGAGGUUAUGUUUGAAAAGUACGGGUUCCAGGGCACGCACAUUGCCGUGCAGGCCAUGCUCACGCUCUACGCGCAAGGCCUCUUGACGGGCGUUGUCAUCGACUCGGGCGACGGCGUCUCGCAUGUCGUGCCUGUUUACGAAGGCUUUGUGCCGCAGCACCUCAUCCGCCGCCUCGACGUUGCGGGCCGCCACAUCACGCAGUACCUCAUCAAGCUCAUGCUGCUCCGCGGCUAUGCGUUCAACCGAACGGCAGACUUUGAGACCGUGCGCCAAAUCAAGGAGCGACAUUGCUACGCUGCGCUGGAUCCGACGAUUGAGCGCCAGCUUGCCCUCGAGACAACGGUUCUCGAGGAGACGUACGAGCUCCCAGACGGCCGCAUUGUCAAGCUCGGCCGUGAACGCUUCGAGGCGACAGAAGCGCUCUUCCAACCGCACUUGAUUGGUGUCGAAGGCGCCGGCUUGAGCGACAUGGUCUUCGACAUGUGCCAAAAGGCCGAGAUCGAUAUUCGUCCGGAGCUGUACAAGAACAUUGUGCUCAGCGGCGGCUCCACCAUGUACCCGGGUCUUCCGAGCCGUCUCGAGAAGGACAUUAAGGAUCGAUACCUCAACGACGUGCUCAAGGGCGACAAGUCGCGCUUGGGUAAGUUCCGCCUCCGCAUCAACGACCCGCCGCGCCGCAAGCACCUCGUAUUCCUUGGCGGCAGCGUCCUCGCCGACAUGAUGAAGGACAACGACCAGUUCUGGAUCUCCAAGCAAGAGUACGACGAGCAGGGCGUUCGCUGUAUCGACCGCCUCAAAUAGGCAACGUUGGUGACACGUUGACUCGAACA